AUGGCACAGCUCUCCUUUGGACCUGCUACUCAGCAGACUGUCACCACGGUCACAACCACCACAACGGUGUCGCUUCCUCCGCUCGUCAUGAAACCUCCCAAAGACCUGUACGACCGAGAUCCGAAACAAUACCCACUCGCCUUUUCUCCCACGCCUCAUUCGAUCAAGCGAUUCUGCUUCGAUGUGAACGGCCGCCCGACGAUGUUUCACGAGUCUGAGGACCCUGACGAGACGAUGCGGAGAUACCAGGAAUUACAAGCGAAGAUCCACAAGAGCAAGGGCGCCAUUCGGCAGGAGGAGAAGCAGCAUGGCUAUGAAAUAUCAGAUCGUGACACCGAGACUGCGCUGAUCAAGAAAAUGCACAACGUCAGGGCUUCGAGUGCUCCAAAGCGGACUGCCACCCCGCCGUCGAUAGCAGAGGCUGCGGAGCUGGCGAGCUUGCAGAGGAGGGCAAAGAAGCAGCGCUCUAGCUUACGUAGGACGUCUUCGGAGCAGGACGAACAGCCUUCCCUCAACGAAACCAGUGCGGCGAGGGCGCUUCCUUCAGGGAGCAAUGCAGGUCCUGUGACGCCAGAUGCGGAUUCAGCUGGUGCUAUUCCGAGGAACAUCCACAACGCUCAUGGACGCAGCAAGAACAGGGGCGUCCUCAGGCCCUCGCACUCGAGACGAGCUGACGCGACUGCCACGCCGCCCAUCGCGGAGACGGACUUUGAUCCUGCACGUGUCGGGGAGCCACGACGCCUUGCUCUGCCAAAUCUACUGACGAACACGCAUCAAGACGCCAGCCUCCCGAGUCCAAGCUUGUCACCCAUAACGGCAGCUGCAAAUCUGGCAUCACGCCAGAAUGCUUUCGAUACUUCUUUCGCCGAGCACAAUGAUGAAAAUGCCAGCAUCGUCUCCGGAUUGGACUUGGAGGAUGACAGCAGCAAGACUCAAAGCUCAAGAUCGUUUGAUUCUCAGUCGUCCAAGAGGUCAGGCAAGGCUCCCUACAAGUUUACGCAUGGAGCACAGCGUCAGCAAGCUACCACUGCCGCGCCCACCAUCAUGGACAUCCCUACCAUGGUCGACGCUUUCGACAGCAUGCCCGAAGCAAUGCAAACUUACUUGGUCUACCAGUUUCUGCGACGCUGUGCCAAACCUACUUUGCAGAUGGUGGCUAAUGUGGUCAACCCUGCCUUGAAGUGUGAUCCGUUCAGCGUCCUGCCUCCGGAGCUUGGUCUCAACAUCACCCGAUUCCUCGACGCCCAGAGCAUGUGCCGCGCUGCACAGGUUUCGAAAAAAUGGAGGAAGCUCAUCAACUCAGAUGAGAAGGCGUGGAAGGAUUUACUCCAGCGUGAUGAAUUCAUUCUGCCUGAUGGCGAAAUUGCGAGAGCUGUCCGCGAGGGCUGGGGCUGGCAGCAUCCCGGCGAGGAUGGCUACGAAGAGGACCUCAGCAGACCUCUCUUAAGUCAAACGCCUGAGCCAAUGAUGGACUCCACCGUCGUUAGCGACGACGAAUUGACGGCUUCGUCGACUGUCACCACAAGGACGAUGAAGAAGAAGUCAGUCGGCAAAGCCUCCAGCUCCAAGAAGUCGAAGCGUCGCCCCGCUCAUGCGUCUUCCGCUGUCACGAAGCCGACACCCACGCCUAACAGCAAGUGGCUGAAGCUUCUCGGCACCGCCAAGGGCGCCAACGCAUUCGCUCAUGCAGCUAUGCAGGCUGUCCCGCAUCCUGACAACGGUCUCGAGAGCCUCCGCAACAUGCAUCUCUUCAAAUCUCUCUAUCAACGCCAUCACAUGAUUCGCAAAGCCUGGAUGAACGAAGAAACUCAGCCACAACACCUUGCCUUCAGAGCGCACCAUCGCCAUGUGGUUACCUGCCUUUUGUUCGACAGCGACAAGAUCCUUACCGGUAGUGACGACACAAAGAUCAAUGUAUACGAUACCAAGACAGGAGCCUUACGCAAUCGCCUCGAAGGUCAUGAGGGUGGAGUCUGGGCUCUGCAGUACGAAGGCGACACUCUUGUUUCGGGCUCCACCGACCGAAGUGUUCGAGUCUGGGACAUCAAGACUGGAAAGUGUCUGCAGACAUUCCAAGGUCACACGUCAACUGUGCGCUGCUUGGUCAUCCUGAAGCCCGUGCAGAUUGACACCGAAGCAGAUGGAACUCCUAUCAUGAUGCCGAAGGAGCCUCUCAUCAUCACCGGCUCUCGAGACUCCACCCUUCGCGUUUGGAAGCUUCCGCAGCCGGGCGACCGCCAGAUCUUCCAGGCUGGACCUCCGGCUAACGACCGCGAUAAUCCGUACUUCCUUCGUACGCUCUCGGGUCACCAUAAUUCGGUGCGCGCCAUUGCGGCUCACGGGGAUACUCUAAUCUCUGGCUCGUACGACUGCACGGUCCGUGUGUGGAAGAUCUCAACCGGAGAUCUCUUGCAUCGCCUCCAAGGCCAUACUCAAAAGGUUUACAGUGUCGUUCUCGACCACGACCGCGGUCGCUGCAUCUCCGGCUCGAUGGAUAACCUCGUCAAGGUCUGGGAUCUCGCCUCCGGUGCGUGCUUGCAUAACUUGGAAGGCCACACCUCUCUUGUCGGCCUCUUGGAUCUUAGCCACGACCGUCUCGUCUCAGCUGCAGCGGACAGUACACUCCGUAUUUGGGAUCCGGAGUCUGGCUCAUGCAAAUUCACCCUUUCGGCGCACACCGGCGCGAUUACCUGCUUCCAGCACGAUGGUCAGAAGGUCAUCUCGGGUUCUGAUAGGACUUUGAAGAUGUGGAACGUGAAGAACGGCGAGUGCGUCCGCGAUCUCCUGACGGACCUUAGUGGAGUCUGGCAGGUUCGCUUUGACGAGCGUCGUUGCGUUGCUGCCGUGCAGCGCAACGCCCUCACAUACAUCGAGGUCCUCGACUUUGGAGCUUCCCGCGAUGGUGUACCAGAGAGCCAGCGCGGCCGUCGAGUCGUCGUCGACUGUCGCGGUCGCGAAAUCGAGGACGUCGACGCCGGCUCUGUGGACCAAGAGGCGGCAGCGGCAGCGUAG